UGGGCUGGGAGAGGCGCAGCGGACGCGGUGGCAACAAGUGCGGGAGGCGACACGAGCCGGAGCCGUCCCCGCCGCCCGCACCGCCGGCCGCCAGCCCCGAGCGCCGCGCAUGGGGCGUGAGAGGCGGUGGUCUCCGGGCUGAGCCGCGCGGAGCGGCCGGGACGUGGAUGCGGCCGCGAUCUCCCGCCCCUGCCCCCGCCCGGCGGAGCUGGAACUGCUCCUGGACAAGAUAUGAGAAAUGAGUGUUGGACGUCGAAGAAUAAAAUUGUUGGGUAUCCUGAUGAUGGCAAAUGUCUUCAUUUAUUUGAUUGUGGAAGUCUCCAAAAGCAGUAGCCAAGAAAAAAAUGGAAAAGGAGAAGUAAUAAUACCCAAAGAGAAGUUCUGGAAGAUAUCUACCCCUCCCCAGGCAUACUGGAACAGAGAACAAGAGAAGCUGAACAGGCAGUACAAUCCCAUCUUGAGCAUGUUGGCCAACCAGACAGGGGAAGUGUAUGGAUUUUCCAAUAUAAGCCAUCUGAAUUACUGUGAACCUGACCAGAGGGUCACGUCCGUUGUUACAGGUUUUAACAACCUGCCGGACAGAUUUAAAGACUUUCUGCUGUAUUUGAGAUGCCGCAACUAUUCAGUGCUUAUAGAUCAGCCACAUAAGUGUGCAAAGAAACCAUUCUUACUGCUGGCGAUUAAGUCCCUCACUGCACAUUUUGCCAGGAGGCAAGCAAUUAGGGAGUCCUGGGGCAAAGAAAGCAACGUGGGGAACCAAACAGUGGUGCGUGUCUUCUUACUGGGCCAGACUCCCCCCGAAGACAACCACCCUGACCUUUCAGAUAUGCUGAAAUUUGAGAGUGAGAAGCACCAAGACAUUCUUAUGUGGAGCUACAGAGACACUUUCUUCAACUUGUCUCUGAAGGAAGUGCUGUUUCUCAGGUGGGUAAGUACUUCCUGUCCAGACGCUGAGUUCAUCUUCAAGGGUGAUGAUGAUGUGUUUGUGAACACCCAUCACAUCCUGAAUUACUUGAAUAGCUUAUCUAAGAACAAAGCCAAAGAUUUGUUCAUAGGUGAUGUGAUCCACAAUGCUGGACCCCACCGGGAUAAGAAACUGAAGUACUACAUCCCGGAAGUCGUUUACUCGGGUGUCUACCCACCCUAUGCUGGGGGAGGGGGAUUCCUCUACUCUGGCCACCUGGCCCUGAGGCUGUACAAUAUCACCGACCGGGUCCACCUCUACCCCAUCGAUGACGUUUAUACUGGGAUGUGCCUUCAGAAACUCGGCCUCCUUCCAGAGAAACACAAAGGCUUUAGGACAUUUGAUAUUGAGGAGAAAAACAAAAAUAACAUUUGUUCCUAUGUAGAUCUUAUGUUAGUUCACAGUAGAAAACCUCAAGAGAUGAUUGAUAUUUGGUCUCGAUUGCAAAGUGCUCAUUUAAAAUGCUAAGAUAUGCAUACUAAGUUUUGCAAAGAAAGGCAUAUUUUGAAUAGUUUCCAUGUUAUUGUGUUCUCAUAUUUAAGGUAAUUUCUGUGUUAAACCAUCAAAAUUGCCUUCAUAGGUAGUAUGCAUUUGAGAGCCUUUAAACCCUUCAGUCUGGUACUUUUAUGAAGAAGGAAAGCAAGAGAUGAUAAUAUUUUAUGGAUGCUCAUGACAGGAUGAUUGGUUCUCAUCUUUUCUAGUGGCUUGUGUCCAUGUGUCCUGCUUUUCGUCUGAAAUCAUAACAAUUUAACUAUUUUAAGUUAUUUUUAUUUUGCUCUCUUUGAUAGUAUUCCUGACUUCUCAUUAUAAUGACUGAUUUAUCUGUAAUUCAAAUCUUUAUAAACUUAUUGACUGCAAAGAAUUUGUUACACAGUGGCUUUUGUGAAAUGAAAUUACACUUAUUUUCAUGGGAUUUGGAUUACUUUUUAAAAUUGUCUAGAAAAUUGACUUCUGUGGAAUUAUUCGGCCAUCCCAACAAUACUUUCUUGUGUUAGUCUAAUUAGUUAAUUUUGCAAAAUGAGAAUCACUAUGUGACACUCGUCUAAUUUAUCUUGUGGUCUUACAGUUAGAAUAAGAAGAAAGAGAGUUUAAUUUUUCUGGGUGGUACUAUAACAGUUAUCUGAUGUUAGCAUUUGAGAACAAUGAGUUUGAUUCCAUAAUCGCCAACUAAAGAUUGAAUUGCCCCUGACAGCCAUAUUAGGUUUGUGAAUUUUCACUGGACCAGGAAAGUAUAUAUAACUUUUGAACUUGAGUGAAAAGACUGAAGUUGCAGACCUUUUCAUAAGUGAUUUGUCAGUUUAAAACUCCAGGACUUAUUAUUGCCAUAUUUUCACAUGUUGCUUAUACAAGAUAAUUAUUCUGAGUAGUGAUUGCUUCCCUGUUUCAGUGUAGAAGUGCCUGUGUUUUUAUUUAUUGUUCAGAUCAAACACCAAAACAUUUUCUUAAAUAUAUUUUGUGUAAUAUUUUAUUUGUUAUACAGUAUUGUUGAUGAAAUAUUUAAAGCAUGAUAUUUUAAACAUUAAGGUGUAACAUAUGUUAAAUAAAGUGGUUAUUU